CGUGGAUUGACAGAGCGUGAUUACGGUUAGGCUGAUUAAGUUGUGUGAUACGUGUUAGGAAUAGAAUAUAUUGCGUUGAAAUACAUGGAAGAGUAAUGCGCGACUUCAGAUGGUAUUAUCGUUUUACGUUGAUUUCGAAUAUUGUAUUCAAUUUUAUUGUAUUAAUUCAAGGAACUGAUGUUAAAGGUUUCGAUGACACAGUGUUAUUCAAAAUCAAUUGGCCUGGACGCAGUGGAAAUGAUUUACUCGAAACAUCAGAUGCAGAACCACUUUUGGUUACAACUGCAAACAAUGAGAGAUACAAAUGUCUGUUACCACAUUUCCAAGAAAAGGAAAAGGAUUCAUUCGAUACAUACAGUGGUCCAAAUCCUCUGGAACUUCUAGCCCCACUGUUUACUCAGUCAUCGUGUUCUUACAAGUUGGAGUCGUAUUGGACAUAUGAAGUCUGCCAUGGUCGAUAUAUAAGGCAGUAUCAUGAAGAACGUGAAGGAAAGAAGGUAAAAUUGCAGGAAUAUUACCUGGGAAAGUGGAACAAAACACAGUUUGCUAAACUCAAUGAGGAGCAAAGUCGAUUGGAACAUCAAGGCAAAAAUCUCAGAGCAGACACCAAGGCUUCAUUCACACGUGAGGAAGAAGUUCCAGUGAAGAAAAUAGAUGGGCUGAACAUGCCGUAUCUGCAAGUGAACAUGAGUGAUGGCACACUAUGUGAUCUGAAUGGCAAACCACGGCUCACCAGAGUUCUGUAUGUGUGCUAUAGCCAUAGUAAACAUGACAUCUUCUCACUCAAAGAAACUUCUAUCUGUGAGUAUGAAGUCAUCAUUCUCUCGCCACUACUCUGCCAGCAUCCAAAAUACAAACCACAAGAAUCAGGAGAAAAUGUUAUUAAUUGUCACCCUUUUCAAGGGUCGCCAAAGAGACCAAAGAAUCUUGUUGCAAUGGAAGCAGAAAGCCUGAAACUAAGACAUCAGAAGAUCUCAGAUGAAAAGUUGCAGAAGGUUUAUGCUGUUUUCUCCAUAGACAGGAAUGGAGAAGGCCAGGAUGGUGAAGCAAGAGUUCGCGUUGAGAUUCAUCCAGUUGAGGUAACAACUGUGGACAAUGACGACAUGGGUCUUGCGUCACCUUCUGAUCCAGUGAGAGCUGAGAGUAUGCCAGUUCCCGAUACAGCACCAGUACUUAGCUUCUUGUCUGGAAAGAACUGUUUAGAUGGGGGAUCAGGGUGGUGGAAAUACCAGUUCUGUUAUGGAAUCAGCGUGGAUCAGUAUCAUGUGGAGAAAGAUGGGACAAAAACAGUAAUCCAGCUGGGCAAGUUUGACAAAGCAAAACAUUUAGACUGGUUGGAGAAAAACCCUCACAAACGGCCCAAGCCCCGUGCCCACCGCAGGCAGAUCUCACAUCUUUAUUCUGAUGGCACACUGUGCGACAAGACAGGGCGUCCACGACAAACUGAGGUAAAGCUAAAAUGUUUGGAGAACACCUCUAACUUUGGAGCUGUAGCACUGUAUCUUCUAGAACCAAAGACUUGUGAAUAUAUAUUAGGUGUAGAGUCUCCAUUAAUCUGCAACAUAUUGUCACGAGCUGAUGAGAAUGGACUUGUGAAAAUGACUGAAGUGGAUGACAUUGCUGAUGAAGUAAUAGUCUCGUCUGAGGAUGAUGAAGAUUCAAGCAAUGAAGUUACAGACAGUUUUGAUAAAAGAAUUUCCAAUGGAGAUGACUGACAUAAUGUAUCUGUAUUUUCUUUUGUACAGAGCUAAAAGCAUUUCAGGUCCACGUGAGCUUUUGUUAUUUCCUGUACAUAUCUGUUUGUGAAUAUCUGUUGCACAAGUUAAUCUAAGGGGUUCAAAUUCUUAUACUACUGAAUAUUAAGUUUACAGUCUUCUGAAAUAUGUCAUUAUGCAGUGUGUUAGAUUGGUACCAGUGUUUCAGAGGGAUCUGCUACCUUCAUGUUCAAGGUAGAAGAAUAGAUGUUUUAUGCUGAAGAUGAAGGCAGCCAGCUCCUCUGAAACACUUGUACUUAUCUAUCAAACUAUGUGUCAUCACAUCACAGAAGACCAGAAAUUGUACAGUUUUGUCUUUUCUCCAUCAACACUGCUCUAGCUUGGCUGUCUUUCCAAUGAUGCAUAAAAUAUUUGAAAAAUUUGCAGCAAAUAUCUGUGUAUAACAUUGAUUUUGUGAUGAAGGCAAGUAGUUUGUGAGCUGGCGCUCUGUGGUAUGGCUGUAGUUAAAACACUUCCAGAUACACAUGGAAUAGACUUGUGGGGAUUUGUCGUUACUCCAAUGACAACCCACUUCUUCAGAAAGUUUGUAGGUCCUGAAAGGACUGUUGGCUGCUGGGAUGUUUGGCUGGUGAAGUAGCGCUACAUAUGCCGGUAGAGAUGAGAUGUUGGUUGCGGCAGCUGAGGCAGUGGCCUGGUCGCAGUGCGGCCGUUGCUGGAAGACGUCUGCUUGCGGAGCGCGGUCGCAGGAGUGGAGAGGCGGUAGCUACGCCAGUUGCCCAGUGAGUCAGGUGUGCCAUUGGAGAGCCAAGGCAGCCGUGCUUGACGCAGCGAAGUGCCGAUGCCUCCGAAGACCGGGCGCUCUGUACAGAGUGUGAUAGCAGACUGGCUGGUGUGGUCACUGCUGCUGACUGAAUGCAUCUGGAUGUGGAGCACAGUUGCUGGAGUGGAGAAGCGGUAGCUACGCCAGUUGCGCAGUGAGUCGGGCAUGACUGCCGGAGAGCUGAGGCAGCCCAGUGAGUCGGGCAUGCUGUUGGAGAGUCGAGGCGGCCAUUCCUGGCACAGAGCAGAGCCGAAAACUCCGACGACCAAGCGCCGAGGACGAAGUGUGCUGGCUGAUGUUGACCGAGUGAAGGCUGAAUGAAGACUGUUGGUAGACUGAUGCUGCUGGGUUGGAGCUGCUCCUUUUUAUGCAAAGCGUGAUGGAGGAGCAAAAUUUGCAGAGCACUGAUUGGCUAGUGCGUGUAAUGAUCUGGAUGAGGCUAGACAGUGAAUGCAGUAUAAAUGCGAACAUUGGAAGCAAUUUGAUUGGUUAGCGCACGUGAUGGUGAAAAGUGAGUUGAAUAGUGAGCGUUGUAGAAAUAUGUGGGAUGUUCCCACAGACUAAUGUCCUGGAAGUAGCUACUUGUUCUUUUAAUCACAGCAAUGCAGUUCACAUACCCAUCAUAAUCUUGUGGAGCUGACAACAGUAGACCUCAGGAUCUAACCACAGACACCACAAACCUUAAUGCCCCCCCCCCCAUUCCCCAAGUUAUAUAAAGAAAUUAGCCUUAUCAAGAUUUUCUCAGCAAUUAAUAACAGAAUUUCCAUGAACUGAAAUACAAAUAUUUGUUACUGGCAUAAUUCUUAAAGAAAUUCUGUUUAUGGUGUGUAACAUGUUACUGCCAGUUAAUGAUCACAGUAGGAAGAGAAGAGCAGCAGAAAUAAAUUUUCAUUAAACAAAGAAAAGAGUAAAAUUGUGGUACUUCAUACAGAACUUGGCUCACCUUUGCUCCCACCCCAGCCUUGGAACCAGCACAGGGUCCAGGACUCUGUGCUUCAAUUUUAUCAACUAUUCUACACGUACUCCAUGGCAUGCUCUUUCUUGCUCAUUGAAGAACUUGUGUGAAGGGCUCUGUAGCACUUUGAAUCUUAACAUAUUUUGCAGAAUUCAUUCAGGGCCUGGUACAGUGACUCUUGCUUUUCAUCAGCAUGCUAGAUGCUGUGCAGUUUUUAUGCCAAUUAGGCUGUAUUUUAAUCUGAGCAUCAUAUUUAUAUGUCAGACCUCACUGUGGAAUCUCUGUGCCAUAUAUUCUGCGGUGUAUCAAUAAAUGAGACAGGAUGAGUAUUUACGUCAUGCCAAAGUUAGUCCUUUUGAUUUGAGCCUGAUAUUUUGAUCUCCCAUAGCAUCCAGCACCAUGCCAGUGAUGAAGAAAUGAUGAUACAGUUUUUCAUCAAGCUUGCCCCAAAAUUUAUUGGGACACCAGCGAAUUACAGAACAUUUUGGAAGUUCUUACAUUAUGCUAGACACAGUCUGUAAAUAGAAGCUCUGUUGCAUUGAUUUUCUACAUGCUUUGCUUGCUUAAAUUGCUGACAUGCUGGUACUCCAGCAACAUUGUAUUGUCUUUUGUGCUUUGAAGCAUUUCUUCUCUUUUAACCUUUAUCAUCUGGGAA